AUGGCUUCCACCAGCAACCGAAGAGGCUCUUCGUCGGCGUCUUCUUCUUCUUCCAAUCUGCGGCGUAUAUACGAUGUGUUCUUGAGCUUUAGGGGCGAAGAUACCCGAAACAGCUUCGUUAGCCAUCUCUACGCGGCUUUGCAUCGGAAAGGGAUUCACACCUACAGGGACGAUGUAAAGCUAAAAAAGGGGAGAGAAAUUUCGCCGGAGCUCGUGAAUGCCAUCGAGGGUUCGAGGUUUUCGAUCAUCGUUUUCUCAGAAAACUACGCUUCUUCGACUUGGUGCUUGGAUGAGCUUGCGAAGAUCAUGGAAUGCAAGAACCUGAGGGAGCAAACAGUUGUCCCCAUUUUCUACAAUGUAACUCCCUCGGAAGUACGGAAGCAAACAGGGAAAUUCGCAGAAGCCCUUGCCAAACACGAAGAAGAUUUCAAGGAGAGAAAGGAGGAGGUGCAGAGAUGGAGGGAAGUUCUGACGGAAGCUGCCAAUUUGAAUGGGUGGGAUUCGCAGGGCAGGUUUGAAUCCACGCUUAUUGAUGGAGUUGUCCACUUUAUACAAAAUGAACUGAAGAGUUUGUCCACAAGUAAUGCUGAGGUUCUAUUUGGUAUUGAUUCUCACAUAGAAGAAUUGAAUUCAUUGUUAUGCACCGAGGUCAAUGAUGUUCGCUUUGUAGGAAUAUGGGGCAUGGGUGGCAUAGGUAAGACCACCAUUGCAGAAGUUGUCUAUGAUCGAAUCUAUGUUCUAUUUGAAGGAUGUUGCUUUCUUGCAAAUGUAAGGGAACAUGAUUCAGUUUUUUUGCAAGGAAAACUUCUUUCCAAAAUCUUGAUGGAAGGAAAUGUAAAUAUAGAUACUCCCAAUAUGGGAAAGAAUGUCAUAAGGGAGAGGCUUUAUUUCAGAAAGGUUCUUAUUGUUCUUGACAAUGUGGAUAAGUUGGAGCAACUAGAAGCACUUGCUGGGAAGCAUGAUUGGUUUGGCCCUGGAAGUCGAAUCAUCAUCACAACUAGAGAUAAACAAUUGCUAAUUGCGCAUAAUGUGACAAAAAUAUGCAAGGCUAAACAAUUCAAUCGCAUAGAAGCUGUCGAACUCUUUUGUUGGAAGGCUUUUGGACAAAAAUACCCCAAGGAAGAAUAUUUUGAAGUCGUAAACUCACUAAUAAGUUAUGCAAAUGGCCUUCCAUUAGCACUUAAAAUUUUGGGUUCUUUUCUUUCUGGCAGAGGUGUUGAUGAAUGGAAAAGUUUGUUGAAUAAACUGAAAAAAAAUCCCUAUGAAGAAAUUCAAAAGAUUCUUAGAAUAAGUUAUGAUGCAUUGGAUGAUCGGCAGAAGAAUUUAUUCCUUGAUAUUGCAUGUUUUUUUAAAGGAAAUUUCAAGGAGUACAUAAUUAAAAUACUAGAGAGUUGUGAAUAUUCCUUCCCUAUUGAUAUUAGCGUUCUUGUUGAAAAGUCGCUUAUAACAAUCCAAGGAAAUAGGGUGUUGAUGCAUGACUUAUUACAAGAAAUGGGAAGGGAUAUUGUUCGUCAACAGUCCCCUGAAGAGCCAGGAAGACGAAGCAGGUUAUGGUCCCAUGAAGAUGUUUGUCAUGUACUGUCAAAAAAAUCAGGGACUGAAGAAGUUCAAGCUAUAGUCCUAGACCUUCAUGAACUAAAAGAGGUAAAUUUUUGUGCUAAAGCCUUUGCAACCAUGACCAAUCUAAGAUUGCUCAAAAUCUGUUUUAUGGACCAACCUGGAGGAUUUGAAUAUCUUUCGAGAAAAGAGUUGAGAUUCGGAACUGAAUAUCAUGCAAUGUCGAAGAAUAAGCUUGAGUUAUACAAAGAUUGUAAAUUGCACAUUUCUGGAGGCUUUGAGUUUCUUUCUAACAAAUUAAGGUGUCUCUACUGGGGUGGAUUUCCUUUUAAAUCUUUUCCUACAAAAUUUCAUCCGGAGAACAUUGUUGAGCUUAAUAUGUCUUAUGCCCGCAUCAAACAACUAUGGAAAAGGACCAUGGUAUUGAAAAAUUUGAAAUUCUUGAACCUCAGUCACUCCCAUAAUCUGACGAAGACCCCAAAAUUUACUGGCGUCCCAAACCUUGAGAGACUAAUUCUUGAAGGUUGUAUAAAUUUGACUAAGAUUCAUCCAUCCAUCGAAACUCUCAAGAGGCUUAUUCUUUUGAAUUUAAGGGACUGCGAAAAUCUUAGAUAUCUUAUGGGUACAAUUAACUUGGAAUCUCUUGAAAGUCUCAUUCUCUCAGGCUGUUCGAAACUCCAGACAUUUCCUAAGGUUUUAAACAAUAUGCCGCAUUUAUGGGAGCUUUCUUUGGAGGGGACUUCCAUCAAGGGGCUACCACCUUCCAUUGAAUAUCUCAGCGGCCUCCUUUCACUAGAUCUUGAAGAGUGCAAAAGCCUUGAGUUUCUCCCAAGCAGCAUGUGUGCGCUACGAUCUCUUGAAAUACUCAGUCUCUCAGGCUGCUCAAAACUUGCGGAAUUGUUCCCAUUGUCAAACCUGUCCUCUUUACGUGUUCUAUGUGCCAGAGAUUGCAAACUCUUGACAAUCCCGAAUGACAUAGGCUGCUUGUCAUCUUUAUGGCAGUUAAACCUCGGGUAUAAUAAUUUCAUUGCCCUUCCUUCAAGCAUCAGUCAGCUUUCUGAGUUGCGUGUCCUAUAUUUGGAUGGUUGUGAAAAGCUCCGAGCAUUGCCAGAGCUCCCAUCACGUAUCUAUGAGCUAGUUGCAGACGGUUGCACAUCACUGGAAAAUCAAUGCACAUUGAGUUGUCUGCAUGGUGGAUUCUCAAAUUGUUCAAAAUUACUGGAGAAUCAAUGCAUUUUUGAUUCGGUUGAGAUAUUGGCUCCUAAUUCACCACCAUAUUUCGACACUAUUCUUCCUGGAAAAGAGAUUCGAAAGUGGCUGAGCCAUCAGAACAUGGGGGAUUCAGUGUCUGUUCAAUUGCCUCCAAAUUGGUAUGAUGAUAUGGUGGGACUUACAAUGUGUGUUGUUAUCAAAUCCCAUGAAGGAUGUUGUCCUUCAGUUCCGUUCAUUAAAUUGAAAACUGGAUAUGAUUUGAUCGUAAUUGGAACCUAUGAUUAUUACUUUAGGAGCCACCCAGGAUUCAAAUCCAAUGAGGAGCACCUAUGGCUUGAUCUUCACUCACUCGCACUCCCUCUGUCGCUGCUGAAUUUCGGUUGUCCAAUGGCGUCCAAUCCGCAGUUUGUAUUCGAUGUGUUCGUGAGCUUUAGGGGCGAAGAUACCCGCAACAGCUUCGUCAGCCAUCUCUACGCGACUUUCCCUCGGAAAGGGAUUGGCACCUACAUGGACGAUGAAAAUCUCGAAAGGGGGAGAGAAAUUUCGCCGGAGCUCAUGAAAGCCAUCGAGGGUUCGAGGUUUUCGAUCAUCGUUUUCUCAGAAAACUACGCUUUUUCGACUUGGUGCUUGGAUGAGCUUGCUAAGAUCAUGGAAUACAAGAACCUGAGGCGGCAAAAAGUUCUCCCCAUUUUCUGCGAUGUGACUCCCUCGGAAGUACGGAACCAAACUGGGAAAUUCGCAGAAGCCUUUACGAAACACGAAGAAGAGAGAAAGGAGAAGGUGCAGAGAUGGAGGGAAGCUCUGAAGGAAGCUGCCGAUGUGUCUGGGUGGGAUACAGAGGAGCAGGACAGUCUUCUUGCUGAAAAGUCGCUUAUAACAAUCAAACUAAACAUGGGAAGGGAUAUUGUUCGUCAAGAGUUACUGUCAAAGAAAACAAGAACUGAAAACGUUCCAGCCGUAGUCCAAGACCUUUAUGGACUAAAAGUGGUAAAUUUUAGUGCUGAAGCCUUUGCAACCAUGACCAAUCUAAGAUUGCUCAAAAUCUAUUAUUUUGGAGGAUUUGAAUGUCUUUCCAGAUUCAGAACUGAUGAAAUGUUGAAGAAUAUACUCGAGUUAUACAAAGAUUGUAAACUGCACAAUUCCGCAAUCCUUGAGGUUCUUUCUGACAAAUUAAGGUGUCUCCACUGGUGUGGAUUUCUUUUUAAAUCUUUUCCUGCAAAAUUUCAUGCGGAGAACAUUGUUGAGCUUAAUAUGUCUUAUGCCCGCAUCAAACAAUUGUGGAAAGGGACCAUGGUAUUGAAGAAUUUGAAAUUCUUGAACCUCAGUCACUCCCAAAAUCUGACGAAGACCCCAAAAUUUACUGGUGUCCCAAACCUUGAGAGACUAAUUCUUGAAGGUUGUAUAAAUUUGAUUAAGAUUCAUCCAUCCAUUGAAACUCUCAAGAGGCUUAUUCUUUUAAAUUUAAGAGACUGCAAAAAUCUUAAAUAUCUUAUGUGUGCAAUUAACUUGGAAUCUCUUGAAAGUCUCAUUCUCUCAGGCUGCUCGAAACUCCAAACAUUUCCUAAGGUUUCAAGUAAUAUGCCACAUUUAUGGGAGCUUUCUUUGGAGGGGACUUCCAUCAAAGAGCUACCACCUUCCAUUGAAUAUCUCAGCGGCCUCCUCUCACUAGAUCUUGAAAAGUGUAAAAACCUUAAGUUUCUCCCAAGCAGCAUAUGUGCGCUACGAUCUCUUGAAAUACUCAAUCUCUCAGGUUGCUCAAAACUUGUGGAAUUGUUCCCAUUGUCGAACCUAUCCUCUUUACGUGUUUUAUGUGCUAGAGAUUGCAAACUCUUGACAAUCCCGAAUGAUAUAGGCUGCUUGUCAUCUUUAUGGCAAUUAAACCUCGGGUAUAAUAAUUUCAUUGCCCUUCCUUCAAGCAUCAGUCAGCUUUCUGAGUUGCGUGUCCUAUAUUUGGAUGGUUGUGAAAAGCUCCAAGCAUUGCCAGAGCUCCCAUUACGCAUCUAUGAGCUAGUUGUAGACGGUUGCACAUCACUGGAAAUUCAAUGCACAUUGAAUUGUCUGCAUGGUGGAUUCUCAAAUUGUUCAAAAUUACUAGAGAAUCAAUGCAUUUUUGAUUCGGUUGAGAUAUUGGCUCCUAAUUCACCACCAUAUUUGGACACUAUUCUUCUUGGAAAAGAGAUUCGAAAGUGGUAUUCAGUGUCUAUUCAAUUGCCUCCAAAUUGGUAUGAUGGUAUGGUGGGGCUUACUAUGUAUGUUGUUAUCAAAUCCCAUGAAGGAUGUCGUCCUUCGGUUCCGGUCGUUAAAUUGAAAACUGGAUAUGAUUUGAUCAUAAUUGGAACCUAUGAUUAUUACUUUAGGAGCCAUCCAGGAUUCAAAUCCAAUGAGGAGCACCUUUGGCUUGGUUAUUUAUAUUUAAAUUUUGGGAAUUUAAGGGUUUUAAGAUUAUUGAAAUCCAAAAAUCGGAUUUCCAAAAUUAUUGUUGAUUUUGAUUCCAAACCAGAUUCUAGGGUUGUGAUAGAAAAGUGUGUAGUAUAUAUAUAAUACACAUUACACAUUGCAAAAUGUGUUGUAUGCA